AUGCUAUGGCUGGAGGCGGCUAUAAGGCUUGCCGUGAACCAGAGUAAAACAUUCGAGUUACAAACAAUGGCCAUCGUGAAUGUGUUGCAGAAGGCAAUCUAUAUGGUCAAUCGAUGGUCCAUUGCCCCAUUGACUGAUCCGGUUGCGGGCACGCUGAGCAGUUGCGAAAUGGUGGGUACUUUAUUUCCGAAUUUGGCUCCGAGUCCGGAGACGGAAAAACUGGCUCUUCGGGUCCCGAUUGGUUUGUUGCCCUCUUGGCUUUCCUUCGCGGACUACUCGGCUCCGUUAGAAGAGUGCACAAAACUCUCUCAGCUGCUCUUCAGCUCACUCACGCCAGUCCGGUGGCCGACGGGAAGCUGGGCGGACCCCUACGUCUUCUCCUUCGAAUUCAGGCGCCCGCAGGGGACAUGCGACAUGGCGGUUCCGCAACCAAGCGGAUCUGAUAGAGGGGCUUUAAUCGGCGGAGUGAGUCCUACGAGAGGCACAAUCCUCAGCGGAAGCGCAAUCCCCACCGGAAGUGCUAUACCUUCCAAGCAGAUAGCCGACGCGGAGUCUGUUCCCGGGGCGCCGAGUGAGUCUGUUCCUGGGGGGCCGAGUGAGUCUGUUCCCGGAGCGCUGAGUGAGCCCGAGCCUGGGGCCGUUCGUUCAGAGCCUGGGGUUCGUUCGGAGCCUGGGGUGGAAGCAGGUUUGUCGAAGACGUCACGGGCGAGUCGGUACCGGUUGGAGGCGUUGUUGAUCAAGCCACUGUUGGGCAAGCCGAGUAGUACCCGACGGCGACCGCUGCGGGAAGAGGACCCGCUGGCGGCAGAGGUGAAGGGCUUACGUGAGGCGGUGCGUCGUAAAUGCCGGUGGACUAUUUACGCGUGGUUCGUCUUGUGUCGGAAACCCGAGUUAGAAAAGCUCGGUGUGCGCGGUAACGACAUCAUGUCCGUGUGCGGGAAGGAGUGGCUCCAUGUGCAACUCGACCUUCCGCGCAUGCAAGAAUGGCUACUGCGAGUCCUCCUGUACGUCGCGCAAAGACCACUGCCUGCCCAACCCGCCGCUCAACACGAAUACAAACGCCGCGCAAAAACCAAGGUCGCCUCGCCCUACCGCGGACAAGCCACACCACACGCCCUCCAGAAAAUGCCGCUCCCACCCCAGACAGCAACCCUCCGAACCCCACCCCGCGACCCGGAACCGGGCACCGAACGGUCUUCUGUCGCGAUCGACGCCGAAGUCGAGAACUUUAGCGCCGACACCCGCAACCCAGGUCGGGCUUCCCCCAAAGCCAAGCCGGCGUCGCCACUGGCCCGCGAAGGCGCCAAGAAGAGCAACACGCGCCGAGUCCAAGACGUCAAGAAGCGCGAUCCCAAAAAGCGCAGCGGCUAG